UGCCAUAAUUUGUGUUAGAACAACUAAACCUGCUUAGGAGUGGGUUCCUGAAUAAAUCUUAGAAUUUAUCGUCUGGCAGCAGACAGACAAUAUUGUCUGUCUGUCUUUGUAGACACCAGGAUUCAUACACUGGUACAGCACGAGGAUAAGGGUCAACCUUGGCUUCAUAGUGAAUCUAAGGACAGCUUAGGCUAUAAGAAACCCUUUCUAAAAUACAAAAAUAAGGCCAGGCAGUGGUGACACACACCAUUAAUCCAAGCACUUGGGAGACAGAGACAGGACAGAGGUGAGUUCAAGGCCAACCUGGUCUACAGAGUGAGUUCCAGGACAGCCAGGGCUACACAGAGAAACCUUGUCUCAAAACCAAACCAAAACCAAAAAGGUUUCUUUGAACUCCAGUUCAAGAACCAGAACAUGAAAAAAAAAAAAAAAAAAAAAAGAACCGGAACAUGUUCUUGCUCAGAGCCCAGACUGCAGCUGCCUUGAGUGACACACUUACCUUGGAAAAGUUUAUCUGUGUUUUGGUAGUUGGAGGGGUAAGGUGCUGGAAACCUCUGAGUUUCCUGAUAUAGUCUGGGUAAUGAGAGGGGAAAGAGAAGGGAGGAGCCUACAGUAUUUAUUUAGUUAUUGUUGUUGUUUGGGUUUUGCUCCCCGCCCCCCCCCCCAUGUUGCAAUUGAUGGAAGCCAGGCUCUGAGCCAUGGUCCCAGCCCCUCACUGGAAGAUCAUAGGCAGGGGCUCCACUUAGCCAACAUCCCCAGACCCCCCCUUUUUUUUUUUUUUGCAUAUAUCCCAGGGUGUCCUGGAACUUGCAGCUUGGCCCUGUUGAAGGUCUGUGAGGCUUCCUGGUCCCUUAAAAACCAAUGCUUGUUCUGUAGCGGUCAACCUACAGGAGGAUUAGUGGCUUAUCUGGCUUCUGAGGUUUCUAUUCUUGAGGCUGGCCGGCUAGUUAGCAGACUCCCCUGCAGCCGUCCCCUCCCACGCAGCUACCAUGGUAUCCCUCUUCUCUGGCCGCACCCUGAUCAGGAACAACAGCGACCAGGAUGAAGUGGAGACUGAGGCUGAGCUGAGCCGUCGGCUGGAGAAUCGUCUGGUGCUCCUGUUCUUCGGUGCUGGGGCCUGUCCCCGGUGCCAGGCCUUUGCCCCAGUUCUCAAAGACUUCUUCGUGCGGCUCACUGAUGAGUUCUACGUGCUGCGGGCGGCACAGCUGGCCCUGGUUUAUGUGUCCCAGGACCCCACGGAGGAGCAACAGGAUCUGUUCCUCAGGGACAUGCCUGAGAAGUGGCUCUUCCUGCCGUUCCAUGAUGACCUGAGGAGGGACCUCGGCCGCCGGUUCUCAGUGCGUCGCCUGCCUGCGGUCGUGGUGCUCAAGCCGGGCGGGGACGUGCUGACCAGCGACGCGACGGACGAGAUCCAGCGCCUGGGACCCGCCUGCUUUACCAACUGGCAGGAGGCGGCAGAGCUGCUGGACCGCAGCUUCCUGCAGCCCGAGGACCUGGACGAGCCCGCGCGGCGCAGCAUUACCGAGCCUCUGCGCCGGCGCAAGUACCGCGUGGACCGGGAUGCCGGCCGGGGACGCAGCGGCCGCGGCUCUGGGGACCCCCAGCGGGACCCGGGAGCAGGGGCGGAGCUCUGGUGAUGACCCCUCCCCAGGUGGAUCUGGAUACAGAGGCGAGGCUCUGGGGACCCCCAGGAAAGGGGCAGGUCUCUGAUUAGCCUUCUCCUCUAAUUCCUUAUGCUCCCUAGACAGCAGCCCAGCUUGGCCUUGAACUCACCAUGCCUCAGCCUAACCAACAAGGAGCUGGACUGACAGCCAAAGAAAAACAAGAGUUUUCUCUCCCCAUCUCCCCUAGUCCUCGAAAAAACGUGGAUCCUCACGAGCAGGUGAUGGGCAGGCACCCAGGUUUUAGCGCGCGCUCAGCAAGCUUUCUGUGCGCAGAACCCUGGCCUCAGCUCUCCCGUCCACAAUAAAGCAAGCAGAAAGCCCUCGUGCCAGGCCUGCUCCACAAACACGCCUGCUAUUCGGCGUUCUAGGCCUGGGGCCAGGCCCGCGAGCCGGCUGAAGGUGGAACCAGGCCGGUUUCAGUCCCCGGAAACCACGCGGCGGAAGGAGAACCGAUUCCCGCAAGUUGUUGGCCACAGGGUUACAGCGGCACGCACAUGCCUAUCACAAAUAAGUAUAUCUAACGAAAA